AUGGAUUCGUUUCUACUGCGCAGAAAAAGGAAGUCGAGUCCGCAAGCGGAUAGCGGCCUUUAUGAUGACGAUGAACCAACCGAGGUGAAGCUUGCUCUGCUGUCAUCUUUGCACCCUGAUGUUGAUCAGGAGGCCCUCCUCGAAUCUCUUCUGGCGCAUGAAGGCUCAGUGCACGAGACUUCACUCGCCCUCAAGUCGUCAGAUCGUGUCAAGAAGCCCCGCGGAGCCAUGGGCGCCCAGAUCUCCCUGAAACAUUUUGCGACGGUCUGCCAGGAACACAAUGUCGGAGUCUCCCAGCCUCAGAGGAAAAAGCCCCUGGCGAGGAAAGGGGCGACUCUGCACCUCUAUGAUCCCGCAGAUGUGGCAGGGCAUACUCCCUGCACUAUCAUUCACGACUUUCUUCCCCCUCAAGAAGCCAACGAUCUUCUUCAGGAAUUAUUGGAGGAGGCCAAAUCGUUCGGGAAGCAUACCUUCAAACUCUUUGACAACGUGGUGUCCAGUCCGCACACAUCAGGCUUCUACGUGGAAAGCUACGAAGAAAUGAUGACCCAGAAGGCAGACUACCUUUACAACGGCGCCAGACUAUCCGAUGUCCGCCGCCUCACACCGCAGCUAACAAAAGUCAAGCCCAAGGUGCAGGAAGCCGUGAACCGUGAGAUACAAAACAGGAUCAAGACCCGGUACCCCGGCGGCAGGAAACUCAAACACCAGGCACCGGGACCCUGGGUACCCAACGCCGCGUUCGUCAACUGCUACAACGGACCGCGAGAGAGCGUGGGAUGGCACAGCGACCAGAUGACCUACCUCGGGCCGCGCGCCGUCAUCGGCUCCAUCUCGCUCGGCGUGGCGCGGGAGUUCCGCGUCCGAAGGAUCAUCCCCAGGGACGUCGACAGCUACAAAGCAGCACCCGAGGACCCGGACGCGGGGGGUCAAAUCGCGAUUCAUCUGCCACACAACUCGCUCCUCGUCAUGCACGCGGAGAUGCAGGAGGAGUGGAAGCACUGCAUCUCGCCUGCCCAGUCUGUCGACCCGCACCCUGUCUCGGGCAAUCGGCGCAUCAACAUCACGUACCGGGACUACCGGGCGAGCAUGCACCCGCGCCACACGCCGAGGUGCGAAUGCGGUAUCCCAUGCGUUCUCCGCGUCGUACAGAGGAAGAAGGAGAAUUUUGGGAAAUAUUUCUGGAUGUGUCACGCCGGGAACGUGCCGGGAGAAGAGAGCUGCUCUUUUUUCCAGUGGGCGCGCUUUGACGACGACGGGAACCCUGUC